AUGAGUCUUGUUAGUGUCCUUUUUAAUCUAUGUCUAUUUGUGUGACGGUAGAGAUGUUUAUGUUUCACGUUUAUAUUUUAUUUACUCUUGUCUUUAUUUCGGUGUGUGGUAAUAAAACCAUACUGCAGUAUUUCGGAUCAUUAGAUGACUAUCAAGUGAAUGCAACUGAGACGAGUGAGUCGAAGUACCCGUGGAUAGCGCGCGUGAUACACUCGCGGAGUUCGUACGUCCCGCACAUGUGCACCGCGGCCUGCAUCGACGAGGCCAUCUUUGUUACUGCUGCUCGAUGUAUUUACAAUUUAAAAGUAAACUACACGAGAAUUCUAUACAACUCGAAGUUCUACGACGCUUUGGCGUUCGUCGUGCCUUCGGUGCCAACGAAACAAUCUUACGACGACAUAGGUUUUAUAGUGGUUCGCUCAAAGAACUCUAAAAAGUGGCCUGUGAUCAAACCAUUUAAUGGAGCUAACAGAACUGAUAAAGCGUUUGAUUGGUUCAAAAAGUUAGAACAUGCCUCGAUGAAAUACAAAAUCGUUGGAUAUGCAAUGAGAAAGUGGCUUCACAGAAUCAGUGUGCCGGAGAGGCAGUAUGACCUUUCAGAACUGGACGUCAUCGUGAGUUUAGAUAUAUGUACCAAAUUACUGACAAAUAAUGGAAAGGAUAAAAUUUUCCGCGUCCCCUGCUAUCACUCGUGUACCUUCCAGGAGUUUAAGAAGAAGAACAGCAAAUGUCAGAAGUAUCAUGGGGUCGAAGGUGGCGCCCUCAUUGACACAACGUCCAAUAAAUUAGUAGGGAUUGCGACAUGGACAAUUUCCUACUCCAAAUAUGAAGUACCAGUUGGUUUUUCAGUUUUAAAUUCAAAGAAUUUUUUCGAUGAUUUCCGUUGUGCGAAACGGAUACGAAAUGACAAUGGUUUGCUAAUAGUGAAGGGAUAUUAUCAAAGUCUGUGCUGA